UCGAAACGGUGAAAGCAUGUAAUGGCGGACGGUGGACGCCAGUAACAGCUGUUCUGGUGUCUAAUAGUUGCUCCGACGCGAGUUGUGCCGUCUCGUUUUAAUCCCGGACUAUAUAAUUCGUCCCGCGGGCUCGAGAAAUAUAGGUUAGAAUAUUUUACGUUCCGAUAUAUUGAUAGUUAGUACGAGUAACGUACUAAGAAAUCUCGCUGCACCUCGACGACUUUUCUACCGUGUAUGUUCGUGCUGAUAGUUUCGGCCUAUAAAGCUGAUGGACUAAAAGAUUUGUUGAUCUUUUAGAGAACACGUAAAGAUGUCUAACAGCAACGCUAACAAAGGACCGAUUCCGCCUCGAUGGCUUCAUUGUCCAAGGAAAGCGAUCCGUUUAAUUCAAAACAAGUUUCUGGCCUUUAAAACACCGCUGUCAUCCGCAUUUGACAGCCAAGUACCAGAAGAAUGUCGUUUCACAGUGGACAUGCUCUUCGCCUCUUUGAAGAGCCAGAAACUGAAAAUGGGCCUAUGGAUCGAUCUGACAAACACCACAAGGUUUUACGAUAAGAAAGCCUUAGAAGAGUACGGCUGUAAAUACUUGAAACUACAGUGCAGAGGCCACGGCGAAACUCCGUCUGAAGAACAGACGAAAACAUUUGUGCAAGUCUGCAAGAAUUUCAUAUUGUACAAUCCAUUGAAGAUUAUUGGUGUGCAUUGUACGCACGGUUUCAACAGAACUGGCUUCCUUAUCAUAAGCUACUUAGUAGAGAACGACGGUACUAGUGUAGAUGCUGGCCUGGUCGAAUUCGCCACUGUGAGACCACCGGGUAUCUAUAAAGCAGAUUAUAUUCAAGAAUUAUUCAGGAGAUACGACGAUAUAGAGGAUGCUCCAGAUCCACCUCCUAGGCCAGCUUGGUGUUUGGAGUACGAUGACUCGAACGUAGAAGAUUCUGAUGGAGGUCCUAGUACAGAAAUUGAUAAGUAUAGUCAAGAACCUCCACAGAAAAAGAGACGCGAAUUUCACAAUAAAAAUCCAGUAUUCAUGGCUGGUGUACCUGGUGUUACUCCAAUAUUAGAAGAAAGAAAAUUAAGUAGAGUACAAAGACGUGUUCAAGAGAUAUGUUCAUGGGGAUCAACGGGCUUCCCAGGCUCCCAACCUGUUUCCAUGGAUGAGGAUAAUAUUAGAUUGUUACACGAAAAACCAUAUAGGGUAUCUUGGAAGGCAGAUGGAACCAGGUACAUGAUGAUGAUACAAGGAAACGGAGAAAUUUAUUUUGUAGAUAGAGACAAUAGUGUGUUUCAAGUUAGCGGAUUGUCUUUCCCACAUCCCAGAGAUGUGAACAGAAAUCUUGAAGACACUUUGUUGGAUGGUGAAAUGGUAAUUGAUAAGGCAGAUGGUACAGAUAUCCCAAGAUACUUAGUUUAUGACGUAAUUAUGUAUGAUGGGGAAGAUCAGAGUAAAUUACCAUUUCACCCUAACCGUUAUUACAUCAUUGAGAAAAAGAUUAUGGGUGGCAGACACAAAGCACUCAGAGAAGGAAGACUUCGGAAAGAAAGGGAACCUUUCUCAGUACGAUUGAAAUUCUUUUGGGAUGUUACACAGGCAGGUAGCCUAUUAAGCGAAAAGUUUGCCAAACAACUGGGCCAUGAACCUGAUGGCUUGAUAUUCCAACCCUCCAAGGAACCGUAUUGUCCAGGGAUUUCUAGAGAAGUCUUGAAAUGGAAACCUUUGUCACUGAACUCGGUGGAUUUCAAAUUGAAAAUAGUUACUGAAUCCGGGAUAGGAAUUGUAUCGAAGAAGGUCGGACACCUCUAUGUGGGUGGACUGAAUGUGCCAUUCAGUAAAAUGAAAGUCACCAAAGAAAUAAAGGACUUGAAUAACGCAAUUAUAGAGUGUAAAUUCGAAAACGGCCAAUGGGUAUUUAUGCGUGAAAGAACGGACAAAUCGUUCCCGAAUUCUAAGAACACAGCCGAAUCCGUAUGUAAAAGCAUUGGUAAACCUAUCACGACCGAACGACUUAUAAGCUACAUCGACAGUCAUAGAUUUUUGCAAGACGAUUCCGAUCUUAUGCCACCACCUAGUAAAAGGAGAUGAUCAGACCACUCCGACAGGACCGUGUUACUUUGGAAUACGAAAGAGCUUACAAAACGGGAAAAAAAAUCUCUACGUGUGAAUAUUGAGUUUGAUCAUGCAACAUUGAUCCGCUGGUCUCCGGAUGGUAAAGCUUUCAUCAUACACAAAGAUGUUGCAAACACUAUUGAGGUGUACAAGAUCACUAAGAAGCCAGAUGGAACAUUAGCUUCAGCAGCGAAAACCCUGGAAUUUCCAAAGAAACAUACUGAUGAUGUUAUUGGUAUGGACAUUGCGUGCACAGGAAAAUACAUAAUCACAUGCAGCAAAGCAAAUGAUCUGAUAAUAUGGGAUCUGAAGGGUCAAAUACUUGCAACAAUAGAAUUGUAUCUGGGAUCUAUUUACAGAGCACGUGUAUCACCUUGUGGACGUUUCGUUGCCGCUUCUGGAUUUACACCAGAUGUGAACGUAUUUGAAGUCGCCUUUACCAAAUCUGGUGAUUUUAAACAGGUUUCAAAAGCUUUCGACCUUGCUGGCCAUUCAUCUGGAAUAUUUGACUUCACCUUCAGCACCGACAGUAGCCACAUGGCUACUGUGUCAAAGGACGGGACUUAUCGUUUAUACAAUACAAAAAUUGAGUUUGAGAAAGGAGAAGAUCCCCGUGUACUGCUAUCCGGGUCAUGGGACACCGCAGCGACAGCUAACAUUGCACUCUCUCCUAACACAGAAGUUCUGGCAAUAGCUCAUGGUUCCUCGUUAAGUUUUUAUUCGACGGUUACCGGCUCCCUUGACAGUACCAUAGAAGACAUUUUUCUGGGUCCUAUCACUUGUCUGGCCUUCGACGCGUUAGGGGAGUACAUCUUGGUUGCCGGAGACAAAAGCAUAAAAGUCUUCCACAAUAUAACCGGCUACCGAGCGGCCAUUGAAUCGGCGAAACGCAAGCUUGCGCAAAAGCAGACGUCCGCUACGAAGGAACGCUUGGAGGGACUCAUCGUCAGCAACCGGAAGUUCCUCCAAGAGAUGAAUGAAAAGUGUCCUGAAUGAUACGAUUAUGAAGUUUUCUCUUUCCAUGGUGAAGAAUCGCGAGAUUGAGAUUAUAUCUAAAAAUUGCAUUUCUCCUAUGCAAACAAAAAAAUCAUUUAUAACAUAAUUUUUUAAUGUACUUGAAUAAAGGGGU